CGAGCCGGAUGAUGUCAAGGCGCCGAGAUAAACAAUCUUCAUGGACCUUGUAGCUCAUAAUAACUCACUGAUGUGAUUUAGUAUUUCGCACAACUGUUCCUAAAAGUGGUGGAACAGCUGUGUAAUACAUAUUUUGCGUUGCAACAAAAAGCUCAUGCAUGUUUUGUGUAACGAUAGUUAUUUCAGCAUGAUGCAGGCGGCAGAGGACGCGCAGUCUACUUUAGCAGAGCGCGUAGAGACUUUGGGAGUCAGUGAACACAGCAAAACUACAGAAAACGACAAAAAAACAACAACAGAUGAGACCAAGACAAACGAGGAUGCCACAGAUAUACAGCGAGAUAAAGAAUCCAUGGAAGUUGAGGAGCAGAAAGAGGGCAUAACCAUAGAUGCAGAAAUGAAUGGAAGUGGAGGAGAACACCAGCAGGUGGAGGAGGACUGGGAGAUCCCUUACAGUGAUGAGGAGAUGGAGGAUCCCAAGAAAUGGAUGCCUCCACCCGAGGAGAUCAAACGGCUAUAUGAACUCCUUGCUAAAGGUGAAGCGCUUAAGCUGCAUUGGGUCCCUCUUCCAUGCCGACCUCCGACCCCUCCCCAAACUCCUUCGCCUGAGCGAGAUGGAGAAGACUCACAGGAGACUAAAGAGGAGGAGAGUGAGCACAAGGCCCUCACUCCAACCGAGUUUGAUUUUGAUGAGGAGCAAACUACUGCAACUCCCAAGAAUUCUUUCCUUAACCGUCGCAGAACGCCAGGUUCUUCCGCCCGCUCUACAGUCAAGCGCGAGGCUCGUCUAGACAAAGUGCUGUCAGACAUGAAGCGGCACAGAAAAAUUGAGGAACAGAUUCUAAGGACAGGUCUUGACCUUUUUAAAAGUGAUAAACCGCGGCCGGUGCCUGUUGCCGAGCAGCCCUUAUCGCCAAAUAGUAAGAGAGAGCGGGAAAAAGAAAAAGAAAGAGACAGUGACCCCAGCACUGUAUUCAGUCCCAGACAGAGGAGAUACUGAGGCAAAAAACAGACUCCUUAAAGAAAAGUGGUUUCUUCAAGGUUUAUAAUUUAACAUUUGUAAUUUUGCAUUGGACAAUGCAAGAAAAUGAAACUAUUUUACUCCUGUAUUUUUUUUUACUUUUUUAUACUGUGAAUAAAUGUCUUGCCUAGA